CCCGACGACGGCCGGGAGGGCCAGGGCGGCCGCCACGGCCUUGGGCGCCUCCUGGGACCAGGGCGCGGCCCGGGGCCAGCUGCAGAUGCGUCCUCCACAACCAGAGGGUCGGACACCCGAGUACACAUAUUAGCCCUCUGCAUGCCUUUUUCGUCCAAAACGGAGGCGGAGAUCGCCAGUGCGUCCUUGGCCCCAGAUCAUACGAUGCACGGAACCACUGUGGAGCAGGAGCUCAGCGUGUUAGGCAGCAUCCUGCUCGUCCACUGUAGAGCCGAGAACCCGAGUCUCCUCCGAGCUUCCAUCGUCAACUUCCUCAACCAGCUUUCCGUGGUGAUGGAGAACCUGGAGCUCCUCAGGUCCCCCACGGCCCGCUAAGUCUGGGCUGGAGAAAGGGGACUGAGAUCUGUCCUCGUGUCCCCUGCCUGGGCAGUCCAUACUUCUUGUUGCAGUGAUUCCUCCAGUAACUGCCACCUGAAGUUGGGGGCCUGCUUAAUCUUUGUGGGUACUCGCCCUCGGGCACCCAGGGUCCCCUUGUUUGGUUUGCCGUUUCAGUGUUUGCUACUGCAGAAAAUAAAACGGAGCUUUGCUAC